AUGAACAAGGAAGUGAAGAAAACGGCAAAGACAAGUGGCCAGAAAUGCCUGGGUAGUGGAGCCCUCAGAGUGAACACUAAACAAGAGGAGGUGGACCAAGUCCAGAAGACAAGCAUGGAACCUCUCCACAUAACAUGCACCAUCCGCGAUGAAGAUAUGUACGGUGAGACAAACCCCGAGACUGAGGAAGAUGACUUCCCCGAUGGUUACAUAGAGUGCAUCAUCAGAGGUGAGUUUUCUGAACCUAUUUUAGAAGAGGAUUUACUUUUUAAAUCUUUCGAAAACCUAGAGAAAGCCGAACAAGACCUUUCUCGCCAGGUUCUUGAAGCGAGUUCCCUUAUUGAAAGUUCUUUGGAAUAUGUGACUAAGGGAACAAAACAGGAGAAAAGGGAGGCCAAGCAAGAGCAGCCUCAACAGACUGUUGGAGCGGACUCAGAACUCGGGUGUUCCAAGUCCAUGACUAGCUGGAAGCUUCCUGUUGAAAAACUACCGAAAGUUGAUUUAUCAGAUGCUCAGCAGCUUGUGGGAUCGACUGAAGAGAAGCCAAAGGGUGGUGAGUCCGGUGGCGUUUUAUCGAUGCUGGAGUGUCCUCAGACAGGGUGCACGAAGAAGCUGAGAAACAAAACUGCCCUGAGGAAGCACAUGCUUGUUCACGGUCCCCGUCAGCACGUGUGUGCAGAGUGUGGGAAAGCUUUUGUCGAGAGCUCAAAACUAAAGCGCCACUUUCUGGUGCAUAAUGGAGAGAAGCCAUUUCAGUGCACCUUCGAAGGGUGUGGGAAGCGCUUCUCGCUGGACUUCAACCUGCGCACCCACAUCCGCAUCCACACUGGCGAUAAGCGCUUUGUGUGCCCCUUUGAUGGCUGCUCUAAGGGCUUUAUUCAGUCAAAUAAUCUGAAAACUCACAUCCUCACCCAUGCAAAGGCAGGGAAGAAAUGCUGA